CACGUGUUUACUCACGGCACAGUCGCGCGUGUCUUUUUCGUGUCAUGUCUCCUCGGGUUGUGCACGCGAAUGCGCUUGAGUGGGUGAAAGCGGGACGGGACGGUGGUGACUGAGGACUGGUUCGAGGCACUACCGCGCGUGUGUAUUUGUUUUCGGAGUGCGCCGUUAUGGAAAUGAGCACGCUUAACUUGCUUCCUGACAGCAAAGCGGACGGGAUCGGAAACCGCAAUGGUGAUACAACGGACAUCAAGGUGUCGGUCUCGCACCCAGCCAAACGGAUGAGUCCGAUCGAGAGCGACAGCUUGCACCGCCUCAGAGACCGAAAGUUCCUGCUGGAGGAUAAGCGGCGGCUUUGCGCGUGCGCGCUCGGAGCCGCUCUCCUCGGCAUCCUGCUCAUGAUUCUGCACGCGGAGCUCUGUCCCGCUGUUUACCUGCCGGGCUCCAUCUCUGCCCUCUGCAUAAACUGCCUCAUCAGCUUCUCCACCGGCUGUCUGCUCAUCCUUAUCAUUGCCUUCCAUUAUAAAGACAUCCGGCUCUUCAUCAUUGACCACAACCAAGUGGACUGGCGCAUUGCCAUAACCACGAACCGUGUGCUUUGCAUUUCUCUGGAGCUAUUGGUUUGUGCCCUUCACCCAGUGGGUAUCUACUUGGGCCCCAUGACUUCAGGAACAAACUGUUCCUCCUCCACUUCCCCCCAAGUUUCAGUGCCGCUGUGCCUCUGCAGCAGUCCCAAGGAAGCAUGGCUGGAGUUGGAGCUGCUUCUAUCAGCACUGAUGUUCUUGCGCCUGUACCUGGUGCGCCGGACCAUUCUGCUUCACAGCAAGGUGCUGCUGAGUGCCUCUUAUAGGAGCAUCGGUUCACUCAACAACAUCAACUUCACUUUCCGCUUCGUUCUCAAGGUACUCUUGAACAAGUACCCAGCACGCACGAUCCUGGUUUUUAUCAUGUUCUUCUGGUUUACCUCUUCCUGGAUGCUACGGCUGUGUGAAAGGCAGGCCCAGGUGGCGACAGGUGGUAUGGGUACAGCUCUCUGGCUCAUCGCUAUCACCUUCCUUACAGUAGGUUAUGGAGAUGUGUCUCCAGAAACCACAUGUGGCAAAGUGGUCUGCCUCUUCACAGGUGUCAUGGGUGUAGCGUGCACUGCUAUGUUAGUUGCAGUUGUGACAAAGAAGCUAGCACUGAACAAAGGAGAGAAGCAUGUUCACUUCUUCAUGCUGGAUAUCCAGAUCACUAAAGAGAUCCGCAAUGCUGCUGCAAACGUGCUGAGGGAAUGCUGGCUUCUCCAUCGCUCCAUGCAGGCCAAGGACAAGCACAGGGAGCACCGACGCCACCAGAGGUGCCUGCUGGAGGCCAUUCGUAUAUUUCGUCACUUGCGGCUGAAGCAGAGAAAACUGAGGGACUACACAACUGAGAUGGUGGAGGUCUCCAAGAUGCAAAUGAUCAUGUGUGACCUGAGUGCCAGCUGGAACAACUCAUACCGAGAGCUGGAACAGCGCAUCAUCUCUAUGGAGCAGAAGCUGGACGAGUUGGGCCAGUCAUUCCAGAUCACAUCCGAGCUGCUGAGCCAGGCAUUGCAGCACCGCCACCUUGUCCGCAGGUAUCGUCCCAAUCCAGCAGGGCACAGUUUAUCAGCUGCAAUGACUGGAAUCAGAGGGCCAAAUUGUUAUACAAAUUGGUUAUAUAAUGUAUGAUGAAGAUAGAAAAGGCAUAUCAAAAGAUGAUGACAGGAACCAAAAUGUAAAAAAAAAGAUAGAAAUUCUAUAAAAACAAAUAGAUAUGUAGAAGAGAUACCGUAGGAAAGGAUAGGAGUGAACCAUACAACAACACAACAACUGUGGUGAGGUCAACCUUCUGGCCAUUUCAACUGACUGGAGGAAAAUGUAUUCUUUCUGUGCAGAGUGAAUAAAGAUAUAAACCAUAUCUGGAUUCAGCAAAGGAUUAAUUUACUCUAACUUCUGCAAGGCCCACACUGUCAUGUCCACGUGCAUAGAUGCUCAGAGUGCCCACUGCAGACUGCAGCUUGUGUACAAUGCUGCGCUGUAGCUCAUAAGAGCUAACUGCCAUGCACCUGUUCCAAAGCGUGCACUUUUCAGGACUCUCAAAACACCCAGACUUUGCAAAGUAUAUGCUCUGUACCUUGUGUCUCACAUUACCAACCCUUUUGUUCUUGUAUUGCUACUCUGGUCUGACCUUGUUUUGUAUAUUUGGAUUUUGUCUUUCAUCUUUGCCUUCGCUAUUCAGUUUGUGCCUCGCCUGACCUCUGCUUAUUAUAUGAUGUGGCGGAAAAGUGUGAUAAGACUCGAGGCUGUUAGGAAAAAGCAUACAGAAAUAUGAGUUUAUUAAUACCCUUGCAAGAGUAGGCCUUCCCAGUGAAAGCGUUUCAAAAAAACGUUUCACCCAGAGAGGCGUUCUCUAUUUUCACACACACUGUUUUAUACAUGUUCGCAUAACUGACAUAUCAGAUGUUCCCCUGUUAUCUCUUUUCACCGUCAGGGGCAUCUCUCCUUCUAUCGCUACCUCGUUAUCCUGGCUAUCAUUACGUUUACACAUUUACAAUAACCUUGCAAAAUAGAACAGUGUCACACAAAACAUUUUUCAUCUUAUAUAAGCAUGAGACAGUGUCUGACCUUCCGUCUAAGGAUCUGAGAGGCACAGAUUCUCUAAAAAUUAUAAUUUUCCUCGACAAUGACCAUGAGUUUGCGUGACGUUUUGGAACUGUUUACCAAUGUGUUUAUAAAUACAUCUUCCUGCACUCGCAUCCAUCUACCACCUUUACAUGAUGCACACAACCUGGCAGUGACGGGAGAAGGGGAAUUUUAAAUGUAAAACAGGUCAUACAGCUUGAGGGGUAUGUCUGCCUAUA